AUGUCCCAUCAUCACGAGACAACAACGACGACGACUACUACUACUGGCAGCGCUGGAACUGGAGUUUUCGACAAUCACGGUGCUGGUUUACCUGCUGAUUACCCAAGCCACAACGCAUAUCUCGCUGCCGCAACAACAGGCAAGGACGCUGAUACUAUCUCUACUGGAUCAACUGCUAGGAACUUUUCAACCGCUAGAAUGGCUGACGGCACCAAUGUCCUGGAGAAGGAUUUCAGCAGGCAGGAAAGUGACAAUGGAUACUCCAAUCAACAUCUCGAAGGUGCCAUCGACUCGGACACUGCAUUGCGUCAGAUUCGAACAGCAGGCAGCGUCUCUAUCUCUCCUGAACUCUUCGAGAAGCUUUACCUACAACCCCAGAAUCAAGUCAAAGGAGAGUUACGAAAGACUUUCGGCAAUCCCACUCCUAUUGCUUUGAUCGGUUUCCUGCUGUCGCUCAUGCCAUUGAGUAUGCAACUUAUGGGAUGGCGAGGUGCUGUCGGUGGCGGAGCAGCCACCAUCGGGUGGUAUUACUUUGCUGGUGGAGUAUUGAUGCUAAUGGGUGGCAUUGGUGAAUGGAUUCUCGGCAACACAUUCCCCUUCGUUGUCUUCAGUUCCUUUGGCGCCUUCUGGCUUGGAUUUGCUGCCACACUUCAGCCCAUUUACAAUGCUUAUGGCGCGUUCGCCAACACAACAACUUCCCCUGCAAGCACAGGACUUCAGUCAGUCGGGUUCAACGUUGGCAUCGGCUUCUUCCUCAUCACUAUGGGCGUUUUGUGCUUCAUCUAUCUCAUCUGCUCUAUCCGCACGAACCUCGUCUUCUUCAUGAUCUUCUUCUGCCUAGUCUGCAAUUUCGGGAUCCUCACAGGGGCGUAUUUUGAAGGUGCCAAGGGGAAUUUGAGACUUUCUGGAAAGUUGACAGAGGCUGCUGGCGCGUUCCAGUUUAUCACCUGCCUGUUUGGCUGGUACAUUUUCUUUGCCAUCAUGCUGGUUAGCGUGGACUUCCCGCUUAACAUUCCUAUCGUCGAUUUGUCGACCAUGGUCAAGGGCGCGAGCGAGAAGAAGAAGAUCAACCACGUCGAGUAG